AUGACUGAUUUAUCAAAAGAGAUUGAAAGAUUGGAUAUUAAAGAUGAUGAAGUGAAAAAUACAAUAGAAGCAUUGAAAACAGUAUCUACAAAGGAGGAUAUUAGUGAAUUGAAUGAGAAAUUGAUUAGUUUUUCCCAAGAUAGGGAAAAAUCCAAAAUUUUAUAUAAUUUACUAGUUGAUCAAACCAUACCAUUCCUUCAAUCAAUUGAGAAAUUAAAUGAUCAUAAUCUUUUAAUCAACAUCCUUACAUAUUGCUCAGAAUUAAUUGUACAAAAUGUGUUAAGUAACUUGAGAAUAGUAAUCAAAAGAGGAUCAUCAACAAAAUACAAUUUAGAUUUAUAUAAUUCAAUAAUCACCCAUUUGAAAAUAACAAAUCCAGAGCAUUUAAACCUAUUUCUUACAUAUUUGAAGAAUGAGCAAGACAUACAGCAAACAAUUCUUGUGUUAGUGCUUCAGAAUUUACAAUUGAAGAAAGAAGAAACAACCGAAAUCAUUAAUGAUUAUUUAUCAAUUGAAAUAGAAGAAUUAGCAGCCAAUUUUGAAAACUUUAUAAUCAUAUUAGAUAACUUAUUCCCUAUUUUACCAGAAUUAUGUAAAGUAUAUUACGAAGAUUCAAGAUUAUCAAAUCAAAUAUUGGCCCAUGAGACAUCUAUUCCUAUUUUGAAAUUGAUUGAUGCUUCAAACAUAGUUGAAAAUUGUAGAGCGUACAAUUUGAAACUAUAUAAUGAGUUAUUAAUUAAGGGAUUAUCGUCAAAUGUUAAGAUUCAGAUAUUGUCAAGUUUAAAUUUAAUCAAAUUGUGGAAAUUAAUCGAACAUGAAAAGAAACAAAUCAAAAUAAGAACAUUGGCUGAUAUUAUGAUAAUUAAUAUAAAAUCAAUUGAAGAUAAGGAAUAUGUGGAAUAUAUGUCUGAAGGAUUAAUGUACCUUACAUUACAUUAUGAAAUUCGAGAAAUGGUAAGGAUGGACGUUGAAUUGGUUGAGAAGUUACUAUACUACCUAAAAGAAUCAUCAUUGAAUAUCUCAUUUCAAUAUAGUAUAUUAUCUAUAUUUGCUAACCUUACAAGAUUGAUUGAUCCAAAUACUACAACCAAACAGAAAAUUAAAUCAUUUAAUGACAAACUGGAGAAUCAAGAGAAUGUGAAACUAUUCAAUUCAAACAUUUUAAAUGAGGGAAAGGUAAUAAGUAAAAUAUCGACCUUAAAGACUUUUAAAUCGUCAGUUUCAAAUAAUGCUAUGAAUCAAGUCAUCUUAAUAAUUUAUAAUUUAUCAAUUGAUCAAAAAUUAAGAAGUGAAAUAGUGGAACAAAAUGGAUUAAACAUAAUAAUCAACUACUUAUUAACUCACAGUGAGAUUAAAAAAGAAGGAGAUGUGAUAAUAUCAUUACCAAAAGAUACAGAAGAUGAAAUUCGAGUAUUUGCAAUUCGAGCAAUGGCACGUAUGUUAAUAUCAAUUGAUCCAAAUUCAAUAACUCAUGAUUUAAGAGCACUCGUACCUUUCCUAGUUGAAUUAUUGGGACCCAAUGAAUCAAAAUAUGAAAGUACUGAAAUUUCUCAUUCAUAUUUAUAUGAUAUGACAUUAUUAGACAGAUAUGAAUCAUUAAUGGCAUUAACUAAUAUAAGUACAACGAACAUAAAGGACUUCAUAAUCUCUGAAACAUUUGAUUAUGUCAAUAAUUUCAUUAUCGAUUCAUCAAAUUCAAAAAUUCAUUUAUCGGCCUGGGAAUUAGUUUCAAAUUUAAUCACUCAACCUAUCAUGUUAGCUAAAUUUUUCAACCUUGAAAAGAAUGAGAAUUUAAAGAGAUUUAAAUUGUUGAUUAAAUUGUUAAAUUCAGGUGAUGAAGGAUUACAAAUUGCAAUAGCUGGAUUGUUGGUUAAUGCAACUGAGUUUGACAUGAUUGCGGAAGUAGUUAAAGAGGAUAUCAUGGAUACAGUUUAUGAAAUAUUAAUGAAUGAGAUAGAAGUAAAAGAUUUGAUAUUGCCUGUAUGUUAUUUACUUAUGAAUAUUGUAUUUGCGAUAGCCAAUAAAGAUCAGAAAGAAUUAAAAGAAAUGAGUUCCAAUAAGAGGUUUAAAGAUUCUUGUGCUAAUGUGUUAAGAAAUGGAACUACAGAAUCAAAAGAAAUUAUUAAUGAAAUUUUAAGAAUAUGCUAA